AUGAAGGUGCUGAUUACCAACGAUGACGGCCCGCUGAAUACGCAGUACUCGCCAUACAUCAGACCAUUUGUGCAGUACAUACUGCAGAACAGACCAGACUGGCAGAUCACAGUCUGUGUGCCACACGUACAGAAGUCGUGGAUAGGGAAGGCGCACAUAGCCGGUAAGCACCUGUCCUUGCAGUUCCUGUACUCCAAGCGGGACUCCACGGACGACUCAUACUGGGGGCCUUACAUCGAGCCACAGCUGCGGGACUCCAUUGAGCUGUUCCCGGAGCAGAAGGUCAACGAGGACAUACCAGCGGAUGCCAUUGAGUGGAUUCUGCUCGACGGCACCCCAGCGUCCUGCGUCAAUAUCGGCCUGCACCACUUCGAGGACAAGUACGACCUGGUCAUCUCGGGCCCUAAUGUCGGCAGGAACACCUCCGCAGCGUACAUCACCUCGAGUGGUACCGUAGGCGCCGCUAUGGAGGCAGUCAUAUGCGAUGACACCAGGGCCAUUGCGCUGUCCUGGGCUUUCUUCGAUGGCCGCAAGGAUGUCCCCAAUGAACUGAUGGAAAGGGCCUCCGCCAGAAGUGUCGAUGUGAUCGAGCACUUGGUUGGCAACUGGAGCACACAGGCUGACCUGUACAGUGUUAACGUCCCACUGAUCGAUAGCAUCGGGCCUGAAACCGAGGCAUACUACGCACCUAUCUGGGAGAAUAGAUGGACUACGAUCUAUAACGGGCCAAAGAUCAACAGACCUGUGAACAACGACAUCGAGGACGGUAACGAGUCCAAGAUGAUCUCUUUUGAGUGGAUGCCGGAUUUCAAAGGCCAUAGACCCUCAAAGCAUUGUGACCCAGAUGUCAAGUACGACAUGGACAUCAUCGAGGAGAGGCGUAUAUGUGUUACACCACUCAGAGCGGCUUUCCAUACGGUCCCUGACCUGGUCGGUAAACUCGACCUGGGAUCUUCAACAACUAGAUCAAAUGACGAAUCCGUGGCUGUGCUGACCAUCCCCAGGAAUAGCUACAUCUAUGAACCCUUACAACAAUCUAUAGCGAGACAUUUGCAUAUUCCUAUCCUAGACACAUUAGAUGCAGCCCCAUCAGGAAAGGGAAAAGUUUUCCAGUAUGGCGAUUAUGAAGAUUUUGACCUGGAUAGAGUCAUGGAUUCCCAAAACUACUUGGUUAACUCUUACAUCUAUAGAAAAGCCAUCAUCAGAAAACACUAUUUAUCGCAUACAAUCCAAAGAUAUGUUUCAAAACAUCCGGGAUCAAUACUUAAAAAAGCAUAUAUGGAAUCAUACACCAUUGAUUUAGAUUACGCGGAAUUCUUGGAUGAUGCACUAGAUGAGAAUUGGGAAUUGCGCCAGGAAUUAGAAAAAAACGACAGAUGGUGGAUCGUUAAACCAAGUAUGAGUGACAAAGCUCAAGGUAUCAGAGUGUUCAAGACAAUCGAGGAUCUACAGAAUGUAUUUGACUCGUUUGAUGAAGAGGAUACCGAUGAGGAAAUAGACGAGGAAACUGUCGAUGACAAUAAAAUUAUAAUAUCACAGCUACGACACUUCAUCAUUCAAGAAUACAUGGCUGAUCCACUCUUACUUCCUUCAAUGGGGAACAGGAAGUUUCACAUAAGAUGCUAUAUUACAUGCAAAGGUGAUCUUGAAGUAUAUGUGUACGACAGAAUGUUGGCAUUAUUUGCUCCUAAACCUUUCUCGGCCUUAGACAGCGAAGAAUACUCUCCAACCGACUUGGAUAAAUUAGGCUGCCACUUGACAAACACAUGUUUGCAGUCUGAUGCGGAUAAAGAUUUGGCUGUUAUGGAAUUUGGUAACUUGACUGAUAUAAGCAGGGAAGACAAAAGCAAAAUUAUCGAACAGAUCCAUAUGAUUGCAAAAGAUAUCUUCUUAGCGGCCUUAAACGUUGAUAGAAUGAAUUUCCAACCGUUAAGAAAUGCUUUCGAGACCUUUGGAUUUGAUUUCUUGGUAGACAGUUCAUUUAAUGUCAAGAUUCUAGAAAUCAAUGCUUACCCUGAUUUUAAACAAACUGGUAAUGAUUUGAAAGGAUUGAUAUAUGAACUAUUUGAUGAUGUAGUUAAAACAUGUGUUGCUCCUUUCUUCCAAGAAGCUGAAGAACCCCAGAAUAUCUCCAACUUCACUAAAGUAUUGGACACUACUUCUAAUGUAUGGGAAUAG